UAGAGAUGCUUUAGUGUGUCAAAAGCUUUCGGGAAGUAGGCUGUUGCGCUUCAAUACAAAGGAGACGCUAAAUAAUCCGAAAAUGCAACCUCCUCCCAGAAAGGUGAAGGAGACCCAGCAGGUGAAGAUGGCCUUUGCGGAGCAAGUGGGGCGGCUGCAGAGCAAACAGCAGCAGGAGGUAGAACUGCUGGAGGACAUCAGGUCCUUCAGUAAACAGCGUGCUGCCAUAGAACAAGAGUACAGUCAGGCCCUCCAGAGACUGGCCAUACAGUUCCAGAGGAAAGACUGGCAAAGAGGCAAGGGAGACUCUUUGAACUCUGGGAGUGUGUUUGCUGUGUGGAGGUCUCUGAUUGAGGCCACGGCACAGAGUGGAGUGUGUCGUCUCACGGCGGCCGACGGAUAUCGCUCGCUCACUGCCGACGCUCUGAAGAGCCUGAGGGCAGCCAAGGAGCUGAAGGCCAAGAGGGGUCUAGAGCAGCUGCAGAGAGUACAGGGUGAGGUAGUGGAUGCACUACGAGAGCUCCAUAAGGUCAAGAAGAGAUACUACCAGCUGAGUCACAUGGCUAACGUGGCCAGGGAGAAAGCUGCUGACGCACAGGCCAAAUUCAAGAAGAGUGACCAUGGAAUUUUCCAUUUUAGGACAGGCUUGCAGAAAAUGAGUUCAAAGCUGAAUACCAGGCUGAGGGAGUGUGACCAGAGACUGACAGAGGUGCGUAAUGAGUACCUUCUAACACUGUCUGCCGUCAACUCUCAUCACCAGUACUACUACACUGCAGAGCUGCCUGCCAUCAUGAGGAGACUGGACAGUGAUCUGUAUGAGCAAAUCCGGGAACACUUCACUCUCUUGUGCUGCACAGAGAUCGACACCUGCCGGUCAACGCAUAGUAACUUUAGCAAGAUCUGCGAGAACUACACCAAGGUGUCUAGAGAACGGAACAUCCAGAUCUUCCUCCAGGAGUUCCCGGUCUUCACCAGAACAGCCGGCUUUCACUUCCAGGUUGCCCCUAAAGACAAGGUGUGCAUUCUGAAGCAACAUAGCUCCAGUGCUGAGGGGGAGAGCUGUUUGGACAAGGAGGCCCGCAAGUGGUCUGCUAAGGCUGCCAAAGACUACAAGAUCAUCUCACAUGGAGAUAGGGCACUGCAGAUGCUGGACAGGCGUUUCAAACUGCUGUCAGGAGACACAGGAGUCAGCGUGGAACAGAAGAUGGUGGGGGUGAAGGAGAGUGUGAGGAAAGCACAGGUGAGCCGGGUGAAGGCGGAGUCCAGGCUGGCGCUGCUGGCGUCGGCGGGGGUGGACGUGGAGCCAUGGGUGAGCAGUGCUAUGACCCAGGCAGACGAGGAGCUGGAGAGGGACAGGAGGCUGAGCGAGGCACGCAUGUCCAACGGAGAUAUCUCCGAGGACGAGUUUGAGUUCACAGACUUCGACGACUACGAUGAAGAUGGUGACACUUUCAUCGAUUCAACUUCCUGCUCGGUGCCGUGUGGAUACCCCUUGACUUGCAUGGUUCUCUACAGCUAUCAGGCCUGCCAAGGAGACGAGCUGUCAAUCACAGAGGGAGAAGAGCUUCAGGUGAUAGAGGAUGGGGACAUGGAGGACUGGCUGAAGGCCCGUAAUGCAGCAGGCCAGGUUGGCUACGUCCCUGAGAGGUACCUGCAGUUCCUGUGGUCACCAGGAGAGGGCUCCUCUGUCUGCCUGGCACAGGGCUUCCCUUGUCCCCAGCUGGACUGGUCCUUCAACAGUUCCAGCUCCUCAUCAGAACAUUCCAAGAGGCAGCAGGGCCGCUCCCCUCACUCUGGGGGUCUGGCACGGGCUCUGUUUGAGUACCAAGGCCAGGGUCCAGAGGAGCUGUCCUUCCCAGAAGGGGCGGUCAUUAGGCUGCUGCGCUGCCGCCAGGGGGAGGUGGACGACGGCUUCUGGGAGGGAGAGCUGGACGGACGCUUGGGGGUCUUUCCUUCUCUGGUGGUGGAGCUGCUGGGGGACGGGGAGAAAGAGGAGGAAGAGGAGAGCCUUCCCACCCCCACUCUUCCUCCAUUCUCUCCACCCAUCCCUAUUUCUGGAACCCCCUGCAGUCUCCUCUGCUUCUCAUCUGGCCCUGGGUCCUGGUCUGUGAACAGUACGCCCCCUAAGGACCCGGAGGACAGGUUGCAGGCUUCUUUCUCACUGAAAUCACAGAGCCUGUCAGACAGCAGGGCAGAGAGUGCAGGCAGCACACACAGCUCACCUGACCUCUCAGCCGGAAGAAUACGACCGACAAGGGCUCCCCCUCUUCCCCCGACUCAGAGACACUCCCCCAUGCCCUGAGGAAGCAUGUGUGGGGGAGUGUUCAGAAGAGACAGAGUGGACACCACAGGAGAGUCUUGUGCCUUCACCGAAAGGAUGAAACACACACUCACCGGGACUUGUACAGUAUGUAGCUACCAGGUGAGCUUUGUCUCUUCCUGACAGGCUACACUAUUUUUGAAAGGUAUUAUUCUUGUAUUGUUUAUGUGAUAAUAUGUCAAAAAACAUGGAUUCAUCUGUCUCUGAGCUUCGGGGACAUCAUUCACCAGUUUUCAGAAGUAUUAAACUAUCAUGUAGGAAGUGAUGUUUAUAAUUUGCGUAUGAUAAGAUACAGGGUUAUUUGAGAUCCUGUAGAAAUAAAUGUUCACUAUUGCAGUCCAAAUAAGCUUGUGCCUGAUGCUUUUUUUUGCUUGCAUGAUAAUAUACUGUAUUAAUUAUACAGUAGUAAAUCAUAUAUAAUGUACUGUAUUAAUUAUACAGUAGUAAACCACAUAUAAUGCACUGUAUUAAUUAUACAGUAGUAAACCAUAUUCUACAUGUCAUGUUCUAUUUCCAUGAGAACCAGAAUCAAACAUGGACACUGAGAUGUAUUAAACAAUCUUCCUGGUG